AUGGAUCAGAUCAGUGGACUGAACCAACACGCCCGCUCCUGCAGUACCAUCAUCCUCUCGAACUCCUCCUUGAAUACCACCCAGAAGCAACCAGCCACUGCCUCUCGCAAUGAUCUUUCAGGUGAAGACCACCUUUUUGCGAAAACGGAUUUGACCAACACCGUUGGCAUUAUCUUUAACGUCCUCUACUUCGGCGCUGUCCCACUUCAAAACACCCUAUCCUGCAAGAGGCAAACACCUGAAGCGCUGGCCCAACUGGUCGAAAGCUGCAUUCGCCGAGUUCGCAUUGCUCUAAUGCGUGAGCAGGGAUACGGUGAUCUACUGCAGGAUGAUUCGCCGCCCCAAAACAUUUCUCAGUUUAUGGGCGAGGCAAACACUGUAAGAGCGGUUGAAGUGGCCAUUGCCUCGGUCUCCACCAAACACUUUACGCUCAUCCUCAGCAGCGAUGCCUACAAAAUGCAGUUUGACAUUGAAAAGGUGUCGUACGCACGCUCAAAUUUAUCUGGGUUUUGCGCCGUGAUUGCCAAAAACAAAGACCAAAACCGAGUCUGCAUAGUCAUUAGAUCGGAGCACUGCUACGAUCUAGUUAAGGCGUUAAAUCAGGUCUUUGACAUGCAAGUUACUGCCCGAAAAAGUGUGCAUGUGAAAAAGGAGCAACCUGAAAAUGUGGUAGAAAAUGAACAAGUUCCUCAAGAGAAAGCCGACUCAAACAGUACCCUGAACAGCUGCACAGCUUCGUUGGAUGGCUCAGGAGAGAAGUACGCGCCCUGGUACCAUGGACCGCUUUCUCGAACCGAUGCUGAGAAGCUCAUCCUCAAGGACGGAGACUUUUUG